AUGGCUUCAGGAAAACGACCCCACUACCAUGCAUAUUCUGUCAAUUCUAUGUCAGAAGCCUUGAAAUCAAUUCAUGAGGACAAAAUCUCUGUACAGGAAGCCAGCCAUCGCUUUGGAGUACCUAGAACAUCAAUUCAGGAUCGUCUAAGUGGUAAGGUUUCACUGCAGGAUGGGAGUUGGAAAAUGGGCCCUGACCCAGUAUUAUCCAAGGAGGAGGAGCUUAAACUUGCUACGUGGUUAGAGGACUUGGCCAAAAGUGGAUUUCCACGUAAACCAGAUGAUUUGUUGAACUCUGUUCAGCAGAUUGUGAAAGCAACUAAAAAAGAGAGACCAUUUGUAGAUGGACGACCAGGUAAAAAAUGGUAUGAGAAUUUUAUGAGACAUCAUCCGCAACUUGUAAGAAAAACACCAGAAAGUUUGACAAAAGGAAGAGCUCUGAUAACUGAAGAACUGAUUAGAAAAUGGUUCAGAGAAUUAGAAGAAUAUUUGGAUGAGAUAGGUCAAAAAGAUAUUCUAAAAGAACCAGAUAGAAUACUGAAUGGAGAUGAAACUUCAUUCAGUAUGUGUCCCAAAACAGGAAAAGUGAUAGCUCCAAAAGGUUGGAGAAAUCUGUAUGAUAUCAAGAUGGGAAAUGAGAAGGAGACUGUGACAGUUCUAUUAGUAUUCACUGCAAGUGGAAGAACUUUGGUUCCAAUGAUUGUGUUUCCUUUUGUGAAACCACCAAAGCUGUUGUCGAAAGCAUGCCAACAGGCAAGUGAGACAGGUUGGAUGCGAAGUGAAUUGUUUUAUGAGUAUGUUGCAAAUGGAGUGGAUAGUUGGCUGAGGAAAGAAAAUAUCAAGAAACCAGUGCUGCUGUUUGUUGAUGGGCACAAAUCCCAUCUCACCUUGGAGCUGAGUCAAUUUUGUAGUGAUAAUGGGAUUAUUCUUUACGCAUUGCCUCCCAAAACUACCAUACUCACAUUCUUCAACCAGCUGAUGUAA